AUGAACAUUUCUUUCUUGGGAAAUAAGACCUCAGACUACGAGACUUCAGACAGUGUUCCCUACUUUGGGAACUUCAACAUGAACACGUCUUCCUCAAAAGAUGAAACCUCCUACGAGACUUUUGACUAUAUCGUCAGGAAUUAUACAGAUGAUGAAGAUGGUCCUUACAUUGAUAUAGAUAUCAUUAUAACAAUGUCUAUCGUAUGGUACAGUGUGAUCCUAGUCUUGGGUUUAAUAGGAAACGGUUUAGUCAUUUGGAUUGCUGGAUUUAAGAUGAAGACCGUAAGCUCAGUCUGGUUCCUCCACUUGGCCAUUGCUGAUUUUAUUAAGUGUAUUUCUCUUCCUCUGCGGAUUUCGGAGUGGGCUUUAUUUGCUCAUAUCUCUUACGAUCAUGAUCUCUGUACAAUCGGCAUAACUCUUAUAUACAUAAAUAUGUCAACUAGUAUCUACUUCAUGUCCAUCAUUGGCAUUGACCGAUGUGUUUCCAUUUUGUGGCCAAUCUGGACCAAAAUCCACAGAACACCCAGGAAUACACGUAUCAUUUCUAUAUUGACUUGGCUAUUGAGCCUCCUUACCAGCAUCCCUUAUAUUAUGUUCAACCAUUUCUAUGAAGAAGUUUCAGAGUGUUUUCCUAAAAACUGGUACGAUAAUGAUGACAAAGAUAAGAUAAAGACAAGAAAGACAAUGUUCAUCAUAAAAAAUAUAUGCAUGUUUGCCUUCCCUUUCACAAUUAUUUUGAUAUCAUAUACCCUGGUUUGUUUAAAGAUCAUAAAAGUUAGAAAAGCGAAUAGAUCUCGACGUCCUUUCAGGCUCAUCGUAGCGGUCGUAGUGUGCUUCUUCAUCUGCUGGUUUCCCUAUAGCACCUGGCCUUUCAUAACUCUCAGUGGAUAUUAUUGGAACCUCGAUAGACUCAUUGAAGAAAUUUUCGUCUGCCUGGCUUACUUCAGCAGCUGCAUCAACCCCAUUAUCUAUGUCUUCUUCUGCCACGAUUUUAAAAAGAAUUUCAUUAAGUCCUUACCAGCCACACUGAACAAAGCUUUCAAUGAAGAUUCUGAAUUGGGCUGCAGAGAGGAGGCCACCACACAUACCAAUGCAAAUCUGCAAACGUCAUUGCUUUAA